AUGCAAUGUCAAAAAUCUUGGCCAUCUGUGAUGUCCAAUGAAGAAACGGAUGAUACUCUGAGUCAGAGGAUGGAUUCUUCCUCAGACAAGGCAAGUUUAUCCAACAAAAUGAAGGUUGUGGUUGUUCUUGCUUGUCUUUUGGGCAUCAUUGCUCCUUUUGAGGCCCUCCAAACAGAAAUUGAAAUUAGUGAACCACGGCCAUACCCAUUUCAUCCAUCACCUCCAAGCUACCCAACUCAGGGAGAUCCACCUCAAAACCCACCUUUAAAUCCCGGAUUUCACUGUCCAAAGGAGAUAGUUGACCCUCUAGUAAAGGCUUUAAUAGAACUAGCAUGUAAUGGUCCUGCUGGGCCUCCUGGACCCCCAGGGCCUCCAGGACCACCCGGACCCCCAGGACCUCCAGGGCCUCUAGGGCCUGAGGUGUCCAUAGAUUUUGACCAUCACCCUUGGCCCAUUGAUCCUGAGAGCUUCCCAUGGCUCAUGAGUCCUGAGACCAUCCCACCACCUAUGAGUCCUGAAGGCCCUAUGGAGCCCAUGAGUCCUGAAAGCCACCCCCAAGGCAUGUCGCCUCCUGUGGAAAACAUGUAG